CCUGGGGUUGGGGGGCACUCACAGGGGGCCCUGGGGGGUGGGGAAGGGCAGUCCAGGUUGGGAAGUGGGUCUUCUCUGCCCCUCAGGGCCUCUUACCCAGACUGCCUCACCCCUAAUGUUCCCACCAGACCCAACAAGGCCACCUCAGGGGCCUCUGGGUCCCGAGAGGCAGGACCCCCCACCUGAUGACAGGGAAGUUACCAGGGGCAGUGGAGUGGGGUGGAGGGGAGACCCUCUAGCUAUGGGCCUGGAGCAUUCUUGAGCCACCCCCUCCCGUCUGGGCCACGCCCUGUGGCAGGUGGGAGGACAAUGCUGCCUGUGUGCCCUUACCCCCGACAUGCUGGCUCCAGGGGAGGGCUGUGGUGUGGCCCCAGCUCCAGCCUUGGGCCUCUCUCGGUGCCUCUGUCUCUCACGGCACAGCCCUCCGUCUGCCAUCUCCACCAUCCAGCAGGGCCUCCUGCGGCCUUUGCCAAGGUGAGCACGCUGCUUUCCUUCCUCCUGCCUUCAGCAACCCAGCGAGCGCGGCCAACCACUGUGGCGGGGCCUGACCACAGGGGGCUGAGAGAGGGAACUGGAAGGUGGGGUGGGCCCCGGGUCCUUUAAGUGCAGGACACCUGUCAGGAGCACCAGAUCUUACCUGGCUAGGAGCCAAGACACAAUACCCACCAACUGUGGGGACAGUGUGCCAGAGCAGAGCCUCAGGCCCCAGACAGUGCGGUCAUCAGUACCCACACCCCUCCCCACCUCCAUGGCACCUCCAGACUCGGAAUGUCCAGUGGCUUCUCAUCCCCAAAGGGCCACAGGCCUGAUGGCUGCCUGGCCCCGUAAUCCCCAGCAGCUUCCAGCUACAGGGCACCUGCAGCAGGAGGCCAGCCUGGUCCCACCCAGUGCAGCUCCCACCAUGGCUUCUGAGUACGAGCUGGGCCGCGUCCGCAGGCUGCAGGCCCGGCACAUGCACAUGCAGGAGAAGACUUUCACCAAAUGGGUCAAUAACAUCUUCCGGCUCAGCCAGGUGGGCAUCAAGAUCCAGAACCUGUACACAGAGCUGGCCGAUGGCACCCACCUGCUGCGGCUGCUGGAGCUGAUCUCAGGGGAGGCGCUGCCAGCACCCAGCCGGGGCCGCCUGCGCGUGCACUUCCUAGAGAACAACAGCCGGGCGCUGGCCUUCCUCAGGGCCAAGGUGCCAAUACCCCUCAUUGGGCCAGAGAACAUCGUGGACGGAGACCAGACGCUUAUCCUGGGACUCCUCUGGGUCAUCAUUCUGCGUUUCCAGAUUUCCCACAUCUCCUUGGACAGGGAGGAAUUCGGGGCCAGUGCAGCCCAGCUGUCCUCCAAGGAAGCUCUGCUGGUCUGGUGCCAGCGGAAGACAGCCAGCUACACCAACGUGGCCAUCACCGACUUCUCCCGCAGCUGGAGCAACGGGCUGGGCUUUAGUGCGCUCAUCCAUGCCCACAGGCCAGACCUGCUGGACUACAGCUCCCUGCACCCCAGCCACCCACUGCACAAUCUCACCUAUGCCUUCCACGUGGCUGAGCAGGAGCUGGGCAUUGCCCAGCUGCUGGACCCCGAGGACGUGGCAGCCCUACAACCAGAUGAGCGCUCCAUCAUGACCUAUGUCUCCCUCUACUACCACUACUUCUCCCGCCUGCAUCAGGGACAAACAGUCAAAAGGAGACUCGCUAAGAUCCUGCUCCAGCUCCAGGAGACCGAGGCACUGCAGACGCAGUACGAGCAGCUGGUGGCCGACCUGCUCCGCUGGAUUGCAGAGAAGCGGCUGCAGCUGGAGGAGCGGGAUUUCCCGGACUCCCUGCCUGCCAUGCGCCAGCUAUUGGCAGCCUUUGCCUCCUUCCGUACCCAGGAGAAGCCACCUCGGCUGAAGCAGCGAGGUGCCACGGAGGCUCUGCUCUUCAAGCUGCAGAUGGUGCUCCGAACCCAGAACCGCAGGCCCUUCCUACCUGGCGAGGGCCUGGGCCCUGUGGAGCUGUCCCAGUGCUGGGCAGGGCUAGAGCGGGCAGAGGCUGCCCGGAGCCAGGCCUUGCAGCAGAGGCUACUGCAGCUGGAGCGUCUGGAAACCCUGGCCCGGCGCUUCCAACGUAAGGCUGCCCUCCGGGAGAGCUUCCUAAAGGACGCAGAGCUCGAGCUGAACCAGGCCAGAGCCCCACCAGCCAGCCCGGCCACAGUGGAGGCAGCCAGCCAGAGACUGGGCAUGCUGGAGGCCAGCAUUCUGCCCCACGAGGGGCGCUUCCAGGCCCUGGUUGAGAUUGCAGACAUCCUCCAGCAGGAGCAGUACCAUAGCUGGGCAGAUGUAGCCCACAGGCAGCGGGAGAUCACCGCGCGCUGGCAGAGGCUCCUUCAGCAUCUACAGGAGCAGAGGAAGCAGAUAGCAGGUGUGCAGGUUGUGCUGAACCUGCUGCAGGAGGUGGAGGCUGCCUCCGAACAGCUCCGGGAGCUGCAGGUGUCAGCAAGCUCCACCGCAUACGGGCAGCAGCUGGCAGAAGUAGUGGAGCUGCUGCAGAGGCACGACCUGCUGGAGGCCCAGGUCUCUGCACACGGGGCCCACCUGAGCCAUCUUGCGAACCAGACAGCAGUGCUGGACCCCUCCCUUGGCACGAGUGUAGAGAUGCUGCAGGCCAAGGCCAGGGUGCUGGGUGAGCUCCACCAGAGACUGAUGGCUCUUGUCAGGGCCCGGCGGGCCCUGCUGGAGCAGACUCUGCAGCGGGCCGAGCUGCUGCACAGCUGCGAGGAGGAGUUGGCCUGGCUGGUGGGACGCACACAGCUGCUGGAGCAGAUGGCACUGGGCCAGGACCGCAGCCCAAUCGCAGGCGCCCUGCAGAAACACAAGGCCCUAGAAGCAGAGCUCCACCGCCACGAGGCUGUGUGCGCAGACCUCGUGAAGAGGGGGCGCGACCUCAGCGCCCAGGGGCCCCCUACGCAUCCAGAUCCCCGGGAGCGCACGGAAGCUGUCCAGGGAACGUGGCAGCUGCUCUGCAACUGGGCUGCACGGCGCAGACGACGGCUGCAGACAGCCCUGAUAGCGCAGCAGUAUUUGGAGGAUGCAGCGGAGGCGGCGUCUUGGCUGCGCCAGCAGAGGCAGGCGCUGGAGAGCUCGUGCUAUGGGCGGGACCAGGCGUCGGCCCAGGCCCUGCUGCUGCGCCACCUGCGGCUGGAGCGCUCUGUGCGCGCCUUCGCUGUGGAGCUGCGACAGCUGGACGAGCAGGCGCGGGCGGCCGCUGCAAGGUCAUCGCUCAGGGAGGAUUCCCCAGAAGGCUGGAGCAGGACUGAUGGAGGCACAACCGGAAGGCCCCAAGAUGGAACCCAGAUCUUAGCAGCACCAGGCAGCCAGCUCUCAUGCUCCCAGGUCCAGAUCCCCUUGACCUCUAGAGCAGCACGCUUUGCCUGGCUCGCAGGAGAGGCUCUGGACACCUUGGAGCUGAAGGACUCAGGGGACUGCCAGGCCAAGGUACCCAUCAGCCAUGGCAUGGAACAGAAGUUCCAGGUGGCGUCUGUCCUGGGCCCUCCGGGGAGAGGCGCAAGGAUUGCUCUCCCUGCUGAGCCUGACCUCGACUUUGACCCCAUCACCAUACUCCAGACGCAGGAUCUCUUGACCCAGGACUAUGAGCGCCUGCGAGCCCUGGCAGAGGGCCGCAGGGCCAGGUUGGAGGAGGCGGUGGCCCUGUUUGGCUUCUACAGCUCCUGUGGGGAGCUCCAAUCCUGGCUGGAGGAGCAGACAGCCCUGUUCCAGUCGCUGCAGCCCCAGUCUGACAACUUGGACAUCAUGCAGCUCAGAUACGAGAACUUCCUCGCUGCCUUGGCCAUGGGAAAGGACCGCUGGGCUGAGGUCGGUCGCUCUGCUGAGCAACUGAAGCAGAGGCAUCCUGGGGACUCCACGAAAAUCCAACAGCAGCAGGCAGACCUGAGCUGGAGGUGGGAGCAGCUGGCGGCCCUGAAGAAGGAGAAGGGCCUGCAGCUGGCCUGCAGCAUGGAAGUGUGCAGUUUCCUGCAGGAGUGUGGCCCCACACAGACCCAGCUGCAAGAAGUGCUACUCCAGCUGGAGGCCCUGGAGCCAGGGAGCUCCAGGGAUGGCCACCACGCCCUGCAGUUGACCCUGCAGAAGGUCCAGAUGCUGGAGAGCAGGAUCCACCACCUCCAAAGGGUGGCCACAAAGGUGGCAGAGUCAGGCCCCGCAGAUGGCCAGCUCCUGCAGGAACAGGUGGAGGUGCUGCAGGGACUUCUGAAGCAAGCACAAGACCGAGGGGCCCAGCAGGCCUGGGGCCAGGCUGAGGCUCAGGCCCAGCGGAGCUUCCUGCAGGAGAGCCAGCGGCUGCUACAGUGGAUGGAGGGCGUCCAGGCUCGGCUGCACAGCAAGGAGGAGCUGGUGGACGUGGCUUCAGCCCAGAGGCUGCUGAGGGAGUACAGAGGGCUGCAGGAGGAGGUCCACCUUCAGCAGGAGAGGCUGCAGCAGCUGGAGGCUCAGGGCCAGCCCCUGGCAGCCUCAGAUGCCCUUCACUCCCAAGAGGUCGCCAGGGCCCUGAGGCUCCUGGGCCAGCACAGCUGGGAGCUGAAGGCUGCGUGGGAGCGGAGACAGCAGUGGCUGCAUGAGGGGCUGCAGCUGCAUAGGUUUGGCCAAGAAGUUAAUGGCUUCACUGCUGCCUGUGCUGACCACGAGGCUGUGCUACGCCUGGACAGCCUGGGGGAGGAUGUGAGGGAGGCCCAGAGCCUGCUACAGCAGCACCAGAGCUUGGAGUGGCUCCUGGGCAGCCUAAGCCUUCGUGCGAAGGCUCUGCAAGCACGUGGCAAGAAGCUGGUCCAGAGCCACCACCCUGCUGCGCACAGGCUCGGAGAACAGCUGCAGAGCAUCCAGGUGCAGUGGACCAGGGUCCAGGAGAGGAGUGAGCAGAGGCGGCGGCAGCUGCAGGCUUCUCUCCAGCUCCAGGAGUGGAAGCAGGAUGUGGCGGAGCUCAUGCUGUGGAUGGAGGAGAAGUGGGCAGCGGCGGCAGACGAGCCCUCCCGGGCACCUGGCAAUGUUCUGCGGAGACUCCGGUGGCACCGAGUGGCUGAGAGCGAGCUGCUGGCCACCCGUGGGCAUGUGGAAGCCCUGCAGCAGGCUGGGAGAGAGCUGCUGUGCAGCAGGCCACAAGCCCGGGAGGACGUCCAGACCAGCCUGCGGGGCCUGAGUCGCAAGUGGGAAGAGUUGACACACAAGAUGGCAGAGCGCAGGGCUGAGCUUGAGCAGGCUGGACAGCAAGAGCAGUUCCUGGGGCUGCUGCAGGAUGCCAAGGAGAAGAUGGAGCAGCUAGAGGCUGCCCUACAGUCCACAGAAGUGGGGCAGGACCUGCGCUCAAGCCAGGCACUGCAGAAACAGCACCAGCAGCUAGAGGGCAAGAGCCAGGUGCUGGCCAGCGAGGUGACUGCCCUCAUCUCCCGGGCCCAACAUGCAGCCGCUUCCCAGGCUGUCCUGGAGGAGGCCCAGCAGUGCCAACAGAGGCUCAAGUCCCUGCAGGGCCGCUUGGCUGCCAGGCGCCUGCAGCUGCAGGCCUCAGUUGAGCUGAACCAGUUCAACUACCUGAGAAGCUUGGAGCUCACCUGGGUGGCUGAGCACAUGCCCAGUGCCCGCACCACCAGUGGUGCCCAGUGCCAGGCCAGUGCCCGUAGCCUUCAGUAUAAACACAAGGAGCUGCAGGCUGAGGUGAGAGCACACGGUGGGCAGGUGCAGCAGGUGUUGGGUUCCGGCCAGAGCCUAGUGGCCUCUGGCCACCCCCAAGCGCAGCAUAUCAUGGAGCAGUGCCGGGAGUUGGAAGGCCACUGGGCGGAGCUGGAGCACGCGUGUGAGGCACAUAUCCACAGCCUGCAGCGGGUGGCUGCUUCCCAGCAGUAUUUUCUGCACGUGUCAGAGCUGGAGGGCUGGGUGGAAGAGAAGCUGCUGCUGGUGAGAAGUCAGGACUUCGGCAGAGACGAGGCAGCUACCUUCAGGCUCAUUAGGAAGCACCAGGUGCUGGAGCAAGAACUAGCUCUUUAUUUGAGCUCCAUGGAGGCGCUGGACCAGAGCGCCCAAGACCUUGCUGGCCCUGAGGGCCCUAUGGUGCAGAAGAGGCUCCAGGGGCAGCUGCAGGCACUACAGGAGCUGGCAGCCACACGGGGCCGGCAGCUGGAGGGGACGCUGAGGCUGCAUGAGUUCAUGAGGGAGGCUGAAGACCUGCAGAGCUGGCUCACCAGCCAGAAGUGGGCGGCCACGAGAGGGGACUGCCUGGGAGAGGACUAUGAGCACGUGCUGGACCUCUGCACCAAGUUUGCAAAAUUUCAGCGCCAGGUGGAGACGGGCAGCCAGCGGGUAGCCACCUGCCAGCAGCUGGCGGAAAGCCUGCAGGAGUGUGGGCACACUGCCGCCCCCAGGGCCCGCCAGAGGCAGCAGGACUUGCAGGCUGGCUGGUUGGAGCUGUGGGAGCUGACCCAGGCCAGAGGCCACCUGCUCCGAGAUGCUGAGACCACCCUCAGAGUUCACAGAGACCUGCUGGGGGCCCUCACCCAUGUCCAGGAGAAAGCCUCAAGCCUUCCCAGUGAGGUGGCCCAGGACCUGCAUGCGGCGGAGGCCCAGCUGAGAUGUCACGAGGCACUGGAGAGUGAACUUCGAGGCACUGAGCACCAGCUGCAGGAACUGCUGGAGGCCGGAGACAGGGUGCAAAAGCUGUGUCCAGGGCCUCUGGCCCAUGCAGUGUGGCAGAGACAGCAAGCUGUGACGCAGGCCUGGGAGGCCCUGCGACUGCGCAUGGAUGGGCGCAGGGCCCAGCUGGAGCGGGCAUGCCUCAUUGCUCGCUUCCAUGCCACGGUGUGGGACUACACUUCCUGGGCAGCCGGCAUUCAUCGGGGACUACAGGCAGAGGAAAGCCCCUGGGAGCCCAGCAGCGGCCCGUUCAUGCUCAUCGUCCACCAACAGCUUAGGGCAGAGCUGGAGGCCCGGGAGGAGCUACAGCAGCAGGCCACCCAGCUGGGCCAGCAGGCACUUCUGACUGCAGGGACACCCAUCAAGGAGAUCCAGGAUGGGCUCCAAGCCCUACAGGAGGAGCGUGACCGGGUAUUUCAGGCCUGGGCCCAGAAGCAAGAGAGGCUACAGGCUGCACAGGAGGAACAGCGCCUCCUCAGACAGUGCGGCCACCUGGAGGAGAUCCUCUUCGCCCAGGAGGUGUCCCUGGAAACCAGCACCCUGGGAAGCUCAGUAGAAGAGGUGGAACGCUUGAUCCACAAGCAUGUGGUCUUCCAGAAGGUGCUGACUGCCCAGGACAAGAAGGUGGCCACUCUGUGUGAGCAGUUGAAGGCGCUCCCAGGCCCCAGGGGACAGGACUUGCUUCAUGGUGUGCUGGAGCAGCAGGCCCGGGUGAAGGAGCUGGCAGAAAGCCGGGAAUGUGCCCUGCACACCUCUCUGCUGAUCGCCGGCUUUGCCAGGGCUGCCACCCAGGCUGAGGACUGGGUCGAGGAGCGGGUCCAGCAGCUGAGACAGCCGAUCCCUCCUGGAGACCUGAAAGACAACUGGAAGUGCCUGCAGAAACACCAGGCCUUUAAGGCUGAGGUCCAGGCCCUUGAGCAGGCCCUAAUCCCUGUUGCCAAGCAAGGUGAGGCACUCUUGGCUCAGAGCCACCCUCGCACAGGAGAGGUCCCCCAGAGGCUGCAGGCACUGCAGGAGAGUGGGGAGAAGCUGAGGAAGGCAGUGGCCCUCCGGGGCCAGGAGCUGGAGGACCAGCGCAACUUCCUGGAGUUCCUGCAGAAAGCAGACCUUGCAGAAGCCUGGAUCCAGGAGAAGGAGGUGAUGGUGAACGUUGGCGACCUAGGCCAGGACCUCAAGCACUGCCUGCAGCUCUGCAGGUGGCUCCACAAGUUCCGAGGCACCACGGACGCCGUGGGUGACACCUACAUCAGGAACAUCAGUGCCCUGUCGCUGCAGCUCAAGAACCAGGACCCUGAGGAAGCCAAGAUCAUUUUCCAGCGGCGAAGCCAGCUCAACCACAGGUGGGGGACUUUCCAAGGCAACCUGCUGCAGUACCAGCGGCAGCUUGAGGGGGCCCUGGAGAUCCACACAUUGUCCAGCGAGCUGGAUGACAUCACCAGGCAGAUUGGGGAGAAGGGUGCCGUGGUCCAGACCUUGGAGGGCACGGAAGAGCUGGAGAGUAUACAGAGGCUGCUGUGGAAACAGGUGGUGCUGGAGCAGGAAGUGGGCCUCAUCCAGGCGCAGGUGGAGUGCCUCCAGCACAAGGUGGGCUGUCUCUGCCAGACACACCCUGGGGCAGUCCAUGGCCUCAGUCACAAGCAGCGAGAGAUGAUGGACAGCUGGUGGCAGCUCCAGAGCAGGGUGCAGAAGUGGAGGGAGUCACUGGAAGCUGAGCACCAAGUGCAGAAGCUCCGGGUCCUGAUGGAGGAACUGCUGCUCUGGGCCCAGAGGCUGCGGGCUGAGGUGAACAAUCGAGGUACACCCUGUAGUCUGGCAGUAUCCUGGCAAAUGCUGGAGGAGCACCAGGCAUGCAAGGACGAGCUGGAUGGCCGGAGAGACAGCAUUAACCUGGCCCGAAGCACCGGGAAACAGCUGCUCGCAGCUGGGUCCCCAUUGGCCCCUACUAUUCACCAGACCCUGGCUGCCCUAGACCAGGAACUGAGCAGCCUGCAAGGGGCCUGGCAGGAGCACCAGGUGCAGCUGCAGCAGGCGAUGGAGCUGCAGCUAUUCCUGAGCUCUGUGGAGAAGGCAGAACGUGAGCUCUGCAAUGAGGAAGCCUCUCUGGCCAGUGAGGGGCUGGGGGACCCCUCCGCUAAGGUGGAGGUGCUCCUGCGAAAGCACAAGAGGCUUGAGCAGCGCCUGGAGGCGCAGGUGGAAAAGCUCCGCACACUGGAGGCCAGAGCCCGAAGCCUGCACCAGGGCAGACCUGCUGAGGCCCAGAGUGCCCUGGCCAGGUGCCAGGCCAUACUUCUGAGGAAAGAGACCCUCCUCCAGCAAGCCAGGACCCAGAGUCACCAGCUGGAGCAGCUGCAGACCUUCCUGCAGGAUUCCCUUGAGGUGGUCACGUGGCUGAGGGAAAAGAACCUGGUGGCUCUGGAAGAGGGCUGGCAGGACCCUGCCACACUGCAAGCGCUGUUGCGCAAGCAGCAGAAUUUGCAGGCCGAGCUGGACACCAGCUUGCACCGGCAGCAGGAGCUACAGCAGGAGGGGCAGAGGCUGCUGCAGGGGGACCACCCAGCCUCAGAGACCAUCCAGGAGCAGCUGAAGGUGCUCAGGGAGCUCUGGGCUGAUGUGCAGGCCAACAGCCAGAGGAAUGUGGCCCAACUGCAGAAGGCCUGCGAGGCCCUGCAUCUACAGCGGAACCUGGAGGAACUGGAGAGCUGGCUGGAGCCCAUGGAGGUGGAGCUGACAGCCCCUCUUGGGGGCCAGGACCUACCUGGGGUAUGCAAGCUUUUGAGGGCCCAGGAGGAGCUGGAAGCAGCCCUAAGCAGGCAGGCCAAGCAGGCACAGACCCUGCUGGGUCAAGCACAAGAGUUGGCUUUCGAGCAGGAAGGCCGCUGCCUGGCCAAAGACGUGGAAGAACAGGCCCAGCAGCUGCUUCAGAGGUUCAAGAGCCUUCAGGAGCCCCUACAGGAGCGUAGGGCAGCCCUGGAGGCUCGAAGCCUCCUCUUGCAGUUCUUCAGGGACGCUGAUGAGGAAAUGGCCUGGGUGCAGGAGAAGCUGCCCUUGGCCACUGCCCAAGACUUCGGCCAGAGCCUGAGCGCUCUGAAGCACCUGCAGGAAAAGCACCAGAACCUGGAGAGUGAGAUAAGCAACCACGAGGCUCUGACAGAAGCAGUGGUGAGCACAGGGCACAAGCUGGUGCAGGCUGGGCACUUUGCUGCCCACGAGGUGGCCGCCCGGCUGCAGCAGCUGGAGGCAGCACUGGAGCAGCUGCGCACAGAGGCAGCACGGAGGCGGUUGCUACUGCAGCAGGCCCAGGAAGCCCAGCAGUUUCUGACGGAGCUACUAGAGGCGGGAUCCUGGCUAGCCGAACACGACCAUGUCCUAGACAAAGAAGAUGUGGGCCAGAGCGCUGAAGCCACACAGGCCCUUCUCAGGCAGCUGGAGAACACCAGGAGAGACUUGCAGGGAUUCAGUCGGCACAUCGAGCAGCUGCAGCAGACAGCAGCCCUCCUGGAGGGUGGGCAGAACCCCAACAGCCCCAAGGUGCUGGCCCAGCUGCAGGCUGUGAGGGAGGCCCACGAACAGCUGCUGCGGAAGGCAGAGGGCAGAGAACAGGGCCUGUGCGAGCAGCUGCAGCUCCACCAACUGGAACAAGAGGCCCUGCUGCUUGAUGCCUGGCUGAACGCCAAGGUGACUGUUGCUGAGUCCCAGGACUAUGGGCAGGACCUGCAAAGUGUCCAGGUGCUGGAAGUGAGGUUUGAUGCUUUCAGCAGAGAAGUACAGCACCUGGGGCAGGCCAAGGUACAGGCCCUGAGGGAAUUGGUGGGCCCCCUGGAACGGAAAGCCCCUGGGUGCUACCCCCAGAUUCAAGGCCAAAAGAGCCACAUCGAGGCCACUUGGGAGAGGCUGGACAAGGCAAUCAAAACCCGCACAGAGAACCUGGCUAUAGCACAUGAGCUCCGUGGCUUUGAGCAGGAGGUGGCGGAGCUCCACAGCCGGAUGCAGGAGAAAACUACCCUGCUGGAGGGAGAGGUCCUUGGCCAUAACCUGCCACCCGUGCAGCUCUUACAGCAGCAGGACAGGUCCCUGCAGAGGGAACUGAUAGCAAUAGAAAAGGAGGUGGCACGGAUACAGAUGGAGGCCUACCAACUAGGCCAGCGGCACCCUGAGGCUCAAGAGGGCCUGGCUGAGCUGCUGGCCAAGGUGCAAGAAGCCUGGGCAACCCUGGAAAUGAAGGCCCAGGAGCGUAGCCAGCAGCUGGCACAGGCAGCCCAGGGCCAUGCCUUCCUUGGACGCUGCUGGGAAUUGCUAGCAUGGGCUCAGGAGAAGCAGGCACAGAUGUCCUUAGAGGAGCUGGCCAGGGACCUAGUGGGAGCCAAGCAGCUCCUUGGGUACCACGAGGAGCUUGGGCAAGAAAUCCAGGAGCACUGUCUUCAAGCCCAAGCCAUAUGGCGGGAAGGACAGCAGCUGCUGGACAAUGGCCACAUCAUGUCCCCAGAGCUGGCACAAAGUCUGCAGGAGCUAGAAGGGCAGCUGCAGGGGCUGCGGGAGACCUGGGCCCUGCGUCAGCAGCGCUGUGAGGAGAGCUGGCGCCUGCAGGAGCUGCGGCAGGGGCUGGAGCAGGCGGAGGCCUGGCUGGCCUCCCGGGAAGACCUCCUGCUGGAGCCCAGCUACGGGAACUCGGUGUCCGACGUGGAGAGGCUGCUCCACAGACAUGAGGACCUAGAGACACUGCUGGCAGCCCAGGAGGAGAAGUUUGCCCGGCUGCAGAGGAGGACAGAGGCUCACCCUGCUCCCAACCCCAAGGUGGAAGAGAAGCUGCGGCAGGAGCAGACCCCUGGGGGAACUGCCAGCCUGCCGACAGCCAUCGGGCGGAGGCUGUCUGGGCCCCAGGGACCAGAAGCACAGCCAGCUGAGACCAAGAUCCUGCAGCCAGGUGUUGCUACUGGACUGUGCACACCCCUCACCUUCAGCGUCUCCACGGAACUCGAAGCUGGGCAGCAGCAGCCCAGUGGCGCUAAUGUCAAGGAGGUGACCCUGUUGCAGUUCCACGAGGCAAAGGGUACCCCCACUGUGGAGGGGUCUCUGGAGUUUAAGCAGUUGCUUGUACCUGGGGGGAGGCAGGUAAGUGCCAGCAAAUUCCCUGCACGGCUGCCAGGACUGAGAGGCCACUUACAGACUUGGGCAGAGCCCACUCCACCCCUACCACUAGAAAAGGAUGGGGCUUCUCCUCCUGGUUUCCCUGUCAGUCGCUCCUGGCUCGCUCUUCCUCCCUGGGACCAUGGUCUGGCCCAGGCCUCCCUGAGAUGCUCUGGGUCAGACUUUAGCCAGGAAGUGGCUUACCUGGCCCCCUUCAACCUCAGAGGAUCCCAGUGUGAGAGGCUAAAGGACCAGAGUGACAGGAAACACAUGUUCUCCUUGAGACAGAGCAGCAGGGCUCAUAUCCUGUGGGCAGCACCACCUGAAGAGCAGGCUGAGCGCUGGCAGCAUGCCCCGAGCAACACAGCCCAAGAUCAGAGUGCAGAACCUACGCCUAGCAUCUCGGGUGAGAGUGCAGCUGCUCUGCUCAGACUCGAGGGCUGUCCCCACACAGGGGCUCACUCCACCUCGGCACUGCCCUCUGCAAUGGGAGACCACAAGUGACAGGCCCAGGCCUCUCCCACUCCAGCCAGCCUUCAGCUGCAGGCACAGGGCUCCUUGGACCAGCUUUUGGAAUAGACAGUGUCUGCUGGAUGGGCCCCACCAGGUCACAGCCUGCUAGUGAGGCCACUGUCACUGAUGUCUGCUUCAUCUGAUCCCAAGUCUGGCUGCCCCUUCCUCGUGCAGGAAGUCCUCUGACUGGAUGGUGGUCUCACCCCACUAGCUGCCUGGGUGAGGUAGACAGGGCAGAGGCACAGCAAGUGACCAAACAGAUAUCUGCUCUCUAAGGGGCACCCGUGCUGAUGAGCCCCCCAUGUCAGGUGCCCAGGGAGAUGGGCUGCUUUGCAUUUUAACCAAGAGCCUGGAAUGACAGAUCAACUUGGACAGUGCCUCCCAUUUGCAAGUGCAUUUGUAAUGUAAAGUGCUCUGCUUUA